AUGCCACAUGCUGGCCCGCAGGCCUUGCGUGUCAGCAGGACCAGCCGACGAAGACGUCGGCAGCCGCUGCCGCCGCCAGGUGCUGCAGAGGCUGCAGCCCGCUCCAAAAAGAACUUCAAAGUCCGUCGCUUGCUGGCGGGCCGCACGUUGGCUGUGCUGCAAUCGCUCAAAAAUUGCAGCCUGUUCCAUGGACGCGACAGCAGCGGGCUCUCGCAGGCGCAGCCCCUGCGUCCAGCUGCCGGUCUGACGGCCAGUUUAAAUGGGCAGGCAGUCUUGAUUUUAGACGUGUCUAAAAAAGGCAAGGCCGCAGUCGCCACCAUCGCGCCCAAAAGCAGAAUGCGCGCCAUGCGCGCGCCCUUGCGCGGAGCCACUCAUGUCCUACAUGGUCGCACUGUUCAGCAUUGCUCUGCAGAGAUGCUUCAGGAUGUCGGAGUGCGCUAUCGGCUGAUGGGCAGGGUUGGCGACAGCUUGUACUUGGAGCAGGCCGACUGCGGCGAACAAGGAAUGCUGGAUGCUGAACCCUCGACUGUUGCAGACAUAGACGCCUGGGGCGCGCUGGAAGCAGCGGUGCAGCAGACCAUGCAAGAAACAGACAUGCAGCCUCGACCAGCUCUUUCGAUGCCCCACUGGUCCGAUGACAUUGCCGUCGUGUUGGCGCAGGAAGCUCGAGAUCACCUCCAUAGGUGUCCGCGCCACAUCCUCCUUCCGAGACGGACAAAGUGCAAACCCACCUUUAUUUUGGAUGUGCCCUUUCCACGACAAAUCGACCUCAGACCUCGCAGAUGCCGCAGCUGCAGCCGAAGAUGGGGACGUGCCGCAACCUGGCGGCCAGAGGCCAGCGACGUUCUGCAGAUGUGGCCAGACGUCGUGCACAUCAAACCCUUGGCGAAGACCAAAGCAAAUAUGUAUGCCACGCCUCUCUUUCUGCUUACUUGUUUGCAGCUUUUGUACACCCACCUUAGCACAUAUGCCGUGAGGCGUGUACUCGUGGAUGUGUUUGCAGCGUCAGCACUUGCUGGCGUUCGCCAAGGAUACCUCCCGGACCCUUCAGUUUGGGCAAACAGUGUUCUGGCUCUGCCGCAGCCAGAAGAACUCCGAUGCAUGGCUCUGCAAGGCUUCGCGAACUUUGUGGAUGUUGCUGUGACGGCCAUGAAGAAGAGGCAAGCGAUCUACAACAUGGCCGGGAUUCGAGGUGACGCGCAUUAUGACCUUGCUUCUCGGGUUCGAGUUCGGAAUGCAUUGACAGGGUAUUUCGAGACUCCAUACUCAGCUAUACAGGCAUGGUGCGGCUUGGAUGGGAGCCUGCUUAAGCCCUGGGUUCUGUGUGACGGUGAAUCGUUCGAGACCCAAGCAAGCGACCUUCGGCCUUACCUGGAGUUUGGAAGGGACACUCGCCUCGCCUAUGGCCUCACGUUACCGGAAUCACGACCGGUUUUUCACUGCACUGACUCCUACAACAAGCACAGACAAUUGUGGCCAUCCGUCUAUGACGCCGUGUGGCUUGGCCAGACGUUGCAGCUGCAGAAAAGAAAAGGUGACAAAAUCACCGUCAGCCUGGAUGCGAACGUGCCGCCCAAAGCCGCAACAAUCGUGACCGGCGAUCCUCGACACGACUGCAUCAACUUGCGGCGCGCACUGUCCAACCUCAGCUACGACUUUGCAGACGCCUAUCAUGAUCAUGAAGACAUCAUGAACCGGUUAAGUGCACCACCCCGGCCUGCUGUCUUUGAGGAUGGAGCUACUACGGCGGCUCCUCCAGGUACCGCAGUACCAGUACGGCGGGUGCACGCCGCAAGUGCAAAGUUGGAUGCGUCGCCGCCCCGGCCGCCCUUGGCUGAUGACGCUGACCGCGACGAUGUGCCCUUGAGCGCGGCCGCUCAGCAGCAUCUCCUGGACAUGUUGACCUUGCGCAAUCUGGCCUGGAGGCGUAAGUGGGCUCGUCGUCCUGGGGUGACGGAAGAGCUGAAACAAUUCCUGCAGCAGCCGCACGUGCUGGACCACAAAGUCUGGCGUCGGCUUUGUCAUUGCCAACCACCCCGAGGUGUUGGAGCCAGACUUGCGCGGCGGUUAGACGUGUCCUUGCACCCCACAUGUGGAUUUUGGAACUUCACGAACAGGCAGGAACUUAGGUCUGAACUGGCGCGUCAGCGACAGUGGUACAAACGUCCAAGGAAGUUGUGGAGGCCCACAUUGCAACGUCGACGACGCAUCAUGCGCGACCGUGUCGGACCUGCGACGGCCGUUGGACCGCGCUCAGUCCUGACCCAGAAGGUGUGCCUGCAUUACAAAAGGUUGAAGAACAAGAUUCGGAUUCAGGGAUUGUGGCACUGGCGCAAAGUCGCGUUGCAGCUACAUGCGGCAGGCUUGCCUAUCCACAGUGGAACCGUUUCUGUUGAGCGCCUUUGGGCUACGGCCCAGCUAUGCUUUCCGCCAUCCGCCAGAUUUAUUGGAGAGGCAUGGUUCCAAUUCGUGUCGCAGCUGGCAUUUUUGAAGAUCAAUUACAGCAUCUUUCACCGUCCCUCUCUGCCUGGGUGGGCAAGGACGGAUGCUCAGCUGGCUGAGAAGGUGGACGCGCUGUUUCAUGCGGCAACGGAGCUGGUUCAGUCAACGGCCUCCGACACAGACGUGCUUCCUUCAUUGGCUGCAGCUUUCAAGAGGGGACCUGCGCCUGUUGCGUCGAAUGCCAGUUCCGACACGGACUCGAAGCCUCUGUCUGUGCACCGACGUCGCUGCAGGAACUUUCCUGAUGCGCUGCAAGAAGACAUCCUCGCAGCCUCCUCAACACACAACGAGCCAGCGGCUCCUGCAUCACUGCCUGAUGACGGCAGUGCUUGCAAGCGUGCAAAGGAAAGUCAUGAACCCGGUGAGGUCAUGCCCGCAGCCGUGGCAGCGAGGCCCCAAGGUGCAUGCAACUAUUCCGUCCCGCGAACCGCCGUGCGCAGACCUGUGAUGCGCCGACGUUCAUCCCAGCAACUUCGGCCUGAACACGUGCCCACGGCCUUCAAACGAAUGUUGUGGCCGGUGUGGAGCGAAGCUUUGGUUGCCGGCCAGAAGUUUUUGGAGCUGCAGCGGUAUGAGAGACGCAGAGGCAACCUCAUGCGAUGUUGUCAGGAAGGCACCUUUCUAGUGUUUGGUCCUACCGGCUUCCCACUCAACCAAGGCCCCGUGCACGGUUUUGCCGAAGUUGCGAAGCUUGCUCUUGGCCAGCCUGCUGAGGCCCUUAAAGGCUUUCUGCAAUUCGUGGCACCACACUUGAGGCCGGAGCUCGCUCGGUACAUGGCCGAUGCGAAGUACUUCGAUGCUGUCCAGCUGCGGUGCGUCUACGAUGCCCGCGGCAAGAACUGGACGUGGCAGGAUUUUCUACGCCUGAUGAACGUCGGUUCGGAUGCACCGGCACUGAAGCAGUCUCAGGGUUUCCCCGCUCUGGGCGGCGACGUGGAUUCCGCGCGCAUUCAAGCAUUUUGCGAGCAGCAUAGCCUGCCCAUCUUGCAGCAAUGCUCUUGGGAGUCUCCUGUGCGUGGUUGUAUAGCCAGUCGAGCCGACUUCCCCUUUGCAUGGUGGGCUUGCCAGCCCGUGAUCACCAAGAUGCUGAUGAGAUAUUUGACGUGGAGUGGCUUCCCCGUCAAGUCUUCCAACGCGGGCAAUUUGCUCCGACAAAGAGGCAUUCGCGUUCGACAGGAGGCCAGCUCCCUUCCGGGCUGGGCGGCCGAGCUGCAGGGCCGAGGGACUCCGCACAAUCCGGAGACCGAGGAGUUUGGCGUCUCCAGUUUCAUCUACCGGAGGGACAUUGCCAUGGCACAAUGGGCGAUUCAUGUGAAUUGCUCGCUGCGGUACAACUUACAGGCCCUGUACGGCGAAACCCAUGACUGCUGCGAAGGCACUAUCUUCGUGUCUGCAAGGGAAGGCGCACGUGGCAGCGAUGCGUUGCCUUUCGUCGUCUGUCGCACAAUGGGGGCGAGGCCCUGUGCGCCAUACAUCGGGGAAGCUGAUUCCACGUAUGGCGCAGGGGCCCUAAUGUGCACAGCAAGCACUCCAGAGCUGAUUUCCUGGAGCUUGCCACGCUCCUUGCUGCUGUAUCAAGUACCGACCCCUUUGCUGAAACUCCUGGCGGAUGUUUUGGCCCACAUGGAGGCGCACCUACGCCCAUGCAAGCUACUCGCCAAGGUGCGUGUGGCAGUUGCUCAAGUCAGCUCCUUGCUGGCGCAGUAUCGCAGACCCGGGACAUUGCAGCGACGCCUCGACUUCGUGCCGUGCUCACGCCUGCGCGAGCCGGAUCAGACGAUCGAGGACUUCGCCGAAGCAGUGAUGGGUGCAGAUGUUCAACAAUGGCUGCAACUCCCUCAGCUCCCUCCAGUACAGCUGCGGCUUCCGGAACUGCGUGCUUUGCCGUUGCAUGCCAGCACCAAUCUGUCUUCUGUGGGCCGUGCCAAAGUCACGGGCAGGUUGCCGGAAAGCCUCUGCAUCAUCGCCCGCUGUCUGCGUGAUGUGAUGGCGGCAGAUCUAAAGAUCGCGCCGGUCACAUGCGUGCAGAAAGUAGUCCUGCACACAGACAAGAUCGUCUUUGCCUUGGAGGCAAGGGAGGAUCUGCCGGCAUCACAUUUCAAGCAUUACGUCGUCUGGGCGGCGCCACUGCAGGACCUUUGCGACUGUCACGAAGAUGACGAUCGAUGGAGCCUUGGACGGCUGCACGUCGUACAAUCAUCUUCUGUGGACAAUGCGAAGUUCAAGCUCGAUCCUCCACUGUCGACGAAAGAACCUGCAGGAGAGCACUGGCUGCUGGUUUUCGUCGCUGGCAUUCAGGCUCGACGCAUGCUCAAGCGCAUCGUUGUCUCGAGCGAGGCACCUGUGAUGGCAGCCCUGUUGUCGGCUCAGCCAGCGACGGCUGAACCGACUAUGACACAGCGCGCGGCUGGCAACAUCAGUGCUACCAGCAUGGAGGACCUGGAGAUCAUCCGCAUGUUGCGGGCAUCUGGGCAUAACCCCAUUGUGAACUUGCGAAGCGGCCCUGGCUGCGGCAAGUCCUUCUGGGCAUUGCAGCUGCUCAAGGAGCUGUGCCGACUGUCGGACCAUCAUGUGCAUGUGGUCCUCGCGCCAACACGCCGGCUUCGCGACGAGUUCAUGCACAAAGCGCUGCAGGCGGGCUUCGACUUGGCACAGAUUUGGCCUGUGGGAAAGGAUGAAACAGGUGAGGACCAUUGGAUCCAGCACCAAUUCCGCAUCAUUGAACGUGACGCUGCUGCACAGCUCCAACAGUUGCGGGCGUUGGAGCACGCCCUGGAACUCAUGACCUGGGAUAGUCCUGUAGGCCAGGUGAGGGACCUCCUCCAGCAACACCAUGCCAUUGUGUUUGCCAUCUACAGACAACGCGCAGAUGCAAGCCUCGAGCGACUGCAGGCAGGUGGUGUUUCUCAGGAGAUUCUUCUGUUCUACUUACCUACCUACCUCCCGGCAACCAACUCUGCUCCUGCACUCGCUUGCGCCCUGCAGGUCGAAGGCCGGGUGCUCUUCGCAACAUAUUCCUGGUGGCUCAAGUUCACUUCGGGAGAAAGCCGCACGUUCCCAUUGCUUUCUGCGCGAGCUAUCGGCGUGGUGUUCGCAGAUGAGAUCGACGAGGAACUCGUCACCGCAUGCGAUCCAGGCCAAAGACUCUUCCCUGUGACGGGUUCACAUCAGUCGGGAUCCUGGCGCAGUGACGCCGCGCCAGCCAACACCAGCCAAGCGGCUCUUGAUGCUUUGGCCACGGGCCACGACGUCCGUUUGACUACCACGCGUCGUUUCGGGCAAAGCAUCGUCGCCUUGCUGCAAACCGUGCUUCCCGAACAUUAUGGCGGGCUUUCGGCGCACAACAGCUCGCCGAACACGGCGCUGGAGGUGCAGAUCCUGGCAUGCAACGACUGGACGGAUGUUGCGCACAGCCGCGAGGGCCGCAAUUCCGCCGGCGUGGGCGCGGUCAUGAGCAAGACCACGUACCUGCUGUUGCUGCAGCACGCGCAGCGCCUGGUUCGACAACACGGAUCUGCCACCAUCUAUGUGGCGUACGCUGCAUUGAGGGAUCUCCUCGCACAGCGGAGCUCUGAACGUGCUUUUGCCGGCGCCCUGCUCGACAGCGGGAAAUUUGCCGUCGGUGUUAGCCGCUGCAAGGAGAGCCUGGUGCUGCUGGUGGACCAUGCAGCCAAUAUUAACCAUGGCCAUUGGCAGCGUUUCUGGCGGAGCCCUUCGCUGUCUUACCAGGUUAUCUACUCCUCGGAUGUCACUGCCGGCCCGGCCUGCCAAUCUGCGUGGGAAUCCUUCACUGCCCUAGCCAAUGCCACCAACGGCCAGCUCGCCGACAUGACCCAUGCGGAAGGAGAUAUGGCCACGGGACCAUGCAUCGACGAUGCCCUGCGCGGCCUCACCAUGGAGGAACUUUCGUCCCCCGUUGCCGACACGGCGCAG